GCCUCGAGACUGGACUGCCCGCGGGUGGGCGAGGCUCUGCGGGGCGGCAGCGAGUUGCUCGGCUGGCGGGACGCCUGUGAGCCCGCACGGCCGGGCGCUGCUGCCCCUGCCUUCCGCCCGGUCACGCCGGACGUUGCUCUCUGAGGUGUUUCUCGGUGCUCGCCGGCUUCCCAGCAAGGACGGUGGAAAAGUUGUUGCAGGCUGACCGCGCUCCCUGAAAGCCCCGCUGGUGGUCCGUCCAGCCAGCUUCCGGCGUCGAGCUGUCGCUGUAGCUCGUCACCCCAGCAGAGUCUGGAAAUGCUGAGGAGAAAAGUGCCCCUCAGAUGAGCGUGGUCGGCGACCAGUCUUCCCCGAAGGCGAUGGCAGGGACCAAAACAAGCCGGGUUUGGUUGCUAGCUGCAAACUGAGAGAAGCAGGCUGAGGGCUGCCAGGCGGGAUGGAUCCCUGUGGAGACCCGGCAGUGCCUGGUGGCGACUGUCCCCAGACUAGGGGACCGGGGCUCCAGGGGGCGUCUGGCCAGGAGGGUCCUCUGCAGGGCACUUGCGUGGACAGCAGCCACAGUGAACACGAAGACCGAAACAGAAUGUCUGAAGAGCUUAUAAUGGUUGUCCAAGAAAUGAAAAAGUAUUUCCCAGCCGAGAGGCACACUAAGCCCAGCACCCUAGAUGCUCUUAACUAUGCCCUGCGCUGUGUACACAGUGUGCAAGCAAACAGUGAAUUUUUCCAGAGUCUCAGUCCACGCGGAGCACACCAGGCAGAUGUGACUGUAUACAGCCUUGAGGACCUGACCGCUCUGGCUUCUGACCAUACUUCUAAGAACACAUUCCAAUACCUACUUCCUCAAGUUGUAACCACUGGACUUUGUAGUACAGGAUACCUUUGUGGCCGUGUUUUCGUUUCUGUCUGGAAGGUUAGUGCACAUUUCUGAGCAGGCUGCUUUGAUCCUGAAUUCUAAGAAAGGUUUCCUCAAGAGCUUGCACUUUGUCGACCUGCUUGCCCCUCAAGACGUGAGGGUGUUCUACGCGCACACUGCUCCAACUCAGCUUCCUUUCUGGAACAACUGGACCCAAAGAGCCUCGCAGUAUGAAUGUGCACCAGCGAAACCCUUUUUCUGCAGAAUCUGUGGAGGCGGAGGAGACAGAGAGCAGAAGAGGCUUUACUCCCCAUUCCGGAUCCUCCCCCAUUUGGUUCAUGUACAUAGCGCUGCCCAGCCAGAACCAGAGCCUUGCUGUCUAACACUGGUUGAAAAGAUUCACUCUGGUUACGAAGCUCCUCGAAUCCCUGUAGAUAAAAGAAUUUUUACCACAACACACACUCCAGGAUGUGUGUUUCUUGAAGUAGAUGAAAGAGCAGUGCCUUUGCUGGGUUACCUACCUCAGGAUCUGAUUGGAACAUCGAUCUUAACAUACUUGCAUCCAGAAGAUCGGCCUCUGAUGGUUGCCAUACACCAAAAAGUUUUAAAGUAUGCCGGCCACCCUCCGUUUGAACACUCACCCGUCAGAUUCUGCACUCAGAACGGAGAUUAUGUCAUUCUGGAUUCCAGCUGGUCCAGCUUUGUGAACCCCUGGAGCCGGAAGGUCUCCUUCAUCAUUGGUCGACAUAAAGUCCGAACGAGUCCAUUAAAUGAAGAUGUUUUUGCCACCAGAAUAAAAAAGGCAGCCAGUAACGACAAAGACAUAGCAGAAUUACAAGAACAAAUUCACAAACUUCUCUUGCAGCCGGUCCAUGCUAGUGCUUCCAGUGGCUACGGGAGCCUGGGCAGCAGUGGCUCACAGGAGCAGCACGUCAGCAUCACCUCUUCGAGUGAGUCCAGCGGACACUGUCCGGAGGAAGGCCAGCAUGAGCAGAUGACCCUGCAGCAGGUCUAUGCCAGUGUCAACAAAAUUAAGAAUGUGGGCCAACAGCUCUACAUCGAGUCGAUGGCCAGAUCAUCAGUGAAGCCAGUGACAGAGACGUGCGUGGAACCGCAGGGUGGUGACGAGCAGAAGGACUUUUCUUCCUCUCAGACACUGAAAAAUAAAAGCACUACGGAUACUGGCUCCGGUGGCGAUCUGCAGCAAGAACAGCGUAGCUCAUCCUAUCAGCAGAUGAACUGUAUCGACAGUGUCAUCAGGUACCUGACAAGCUACAGCCUCCCAGCCUUGAAAAGAAAGUGCAUCUCCUGCACAAACACAUCUUCAUCUUCAGAAGAAGCCAAGCCAAUCCCGGAGGCGGACAGCAGCCAGCGAGACACCGAACAGCUCCUGGACAUACGGAAACAGGAAACAACUGGACCAUCCACAGACAUCGAGGGAGGUGCUGCUCGGACCCUGUCCACCGCCGCACUGAGCGUGGCGUCUGGCAUCAGCCAGUGCAGCUGCAGCAGCACCUCUGGCCACGUUCCGCCCCUACAGUCAGCAGAAAGUGUUGCCGCGGCGUGUAAGCCGUGGGCCCUGAGAACGAAGGCCUCUCACCUGGCUGCAGGAGGAUUUAAGCACGUGGGGCUCACAGCGGCUGUCCUCUCUGCACACACACAGAAGGAAGAGCAGAGCUAUGUUGACAGGUUCCGGGAAAAGAUCCUGACCUCGCCCUACGGUUGCUAUCUUCAGCAAGAGAGCAGAAACCGUGCUCAGUACCCCUGUGUUCAAGCAGGGUCCACUGCUAAGCACAGCAGAUGUGCUGGAAGUGAGAGACAGAAGCACAAACGGAAGAAGUUGCCAGCACCUGUGGACACCAGCAGCUCCGGUGCCCACCUCUGUCCCCAUGUCACUGGAUUCCUCCCGGAUGAGCAGCACUGGAGCCCAUCCACUAGCCCCUCCCCCCUCGGCGCAGGCUUAGCAUUCCCCUCAGCCCUGAUAGUUCCCAGCCAGACCCCUUAUCUCCUCCCCUCUUUUCCCCUCCAAGCUAUGGCCUCUCAGGGAGUAGGGGACUCGGCAGCCUGGGGAGCUGCAGCUGGAUGUCCACCUCUGUCCGCCGGCCCCCAGGCUGUUUCCGCGUUCCCCUCUGCUUACGUGGAUACUUUGAUGACCAUCUUCCUGCACAACGCCCCUCUCUUCCCUCUGUGGCCGCCCUCAUUCUCUCCAUACCCAUCCCUGGGGGCCGCAGGGUCUUCUGAACUGGCACCCUUACUACCAGCAAUGGCUCCAAACCCGGAACCAACCACUUCAGACCACAACCAAAGGAGAGUGGAGGAGAACUGGGAGGCACACAGUGAAGAGCUUCCGUUCAUUAGCUCACGGAGCAGUUCACCAUUACAGUUGAAUUUACUCCAGGAAGAAAUGCCUGCACCGUCAGAGUCCGCAGACGCAGUGAGAAGAGGCGCUGGGCCAGACGCUAAGCAUCACUGUGUUACAGGUCCCAGUGGCAGUAGGAGCCAUCACUGCACCUCUGGUGAGCCGGCCACGGCGACAGCGCAGCAGGAGUGUCCCUCUGCUGCCGCCUCAGGAAGCAGUGCCAGCAGUAUAUACUUCAGUAGCAGUGACUAUGCUUCUGAAGUCUCUGAAAACAGACAGAGGCCACAGGAUAGACAGAGAGACCAGGCCCUUCCCGGGGCGGCUGAAGAGUCCAUCUGGAGAAUGAUAGAGCGGACCCCAGAGUGUGUUCUCAUGACAUACCAGGUGCCCGAGAGGGGUCGAGAGGAGGUGCUGAAGCAGGACCUGGAAAAGCUCCAGAGCAUGGAGCAGCAGCAGCCCCUGUUCUCUCCUGCGCAGAGGGAGGAGCUGGCCAAGGUGCGCUCCUGGAUCCACAGCCACACAGCACCUCAGGAAGGACACCUCCAGAGCUGUGUUGCCUGUGAAGUCAGAGGUUCAGUGGGCGACACUGCAGAGGUCCUCGAACAGCGCCCAGCAGAAGACACCAGUUGAGCAGCUGUGAAGAUGUCACACCCUCUCCAGGUCACGUGGGACACAGAGCCGUGCGUUACCUCACCACAGUCUUAACUCUGAAACGCCAGUCAUUGACAUUAAGGUCUUCCCUGGCUUUGUUCUGGUUUGGUUUUGGUGGCGCUGGGAAUCAAACCCGGGGCCUCACAUCCACUAGGCUGGGGCACUCUCCACUGCUAACAUGUCUCCCCAGGCCUCCCUUCUUGGUUUUCCCAAAGCAAGAGCGUACGUAGGCUCUUGUUCAUGAUAGUAAAACAGUCAACGAGAAGCCUUCUCUAACUCAUCUGUCACCUGAUGACAUUGGGCUGUGUCUGACAGCAAAUUUCAGAGGUCAUCCUGAGUAAGUUACAGUUGGAACGAGUCGCAGGCCUUCGUCUCGUUUGCUUUUUUAUGUUGUUACAAGAUCACUUUCCCACUAGAAUACUUGAAGAACUUCUGUCUGUAGGUUGUGUGUUUCUCACGGGGUUGUCCGUGAACUUACCACAUUGAUCUAGGUUUUGUACAGCAUGGUGCUUCUCUUCCUGAUUGUAAGACAUUCCAGCUUUCUCACAGAGCGUCAGAGCGCAUCGUUCCCUAGGAACUGUGGGACUCGUGGCUUUGGUUGUUUGACCCCAUUCUCGUCCAUGCACUUCCUGUGGCGGCUGCCUGUCACAGGAACUCUUUCCUUAAGAUCUGUCAGCUAGCCAGGACUUAAUCCUGGACGACUGAAGUUAAGCCUUGCAUGGCAAAAAGCUUCUUACCCAAACAAUAGUGUUUUCAAAAGUUUUAAAUAUUACGUUAAUGUUAUCAUGGAGAUGUGUGUGCCCGGGCUCACCAAAACCAACAGUUAACCUUUCCUUUUCACCAAACGACACGAUGACGACCAGCGGUCUGCCUUUUGUUUGCCCUUGAAGUGGGGUAAGAGUUUGGGAGACUACACUUAGGGGAGCUCAGGGACCCCAGCUCGGUGACAUCAGAGUCCCGUGAGUCCAUGCUCUCCAGGCAGUUUCUGCCUCAGAAGUGAGUGUGAUUGUUCACGGGUCUGUCCGCUCACUGUCUGGUGCUCUGGUUUAAAGAAGCCCAAAGUUCCUUCUUGAAAUCGAGAUGGCUGUGGAGUCACCCGUGCAGGUCAGGAAGGAACGGGGAGGAGGGUUACAGUGGCCUUUUCCUGCUUCACUUCCUGCAGUCCAACUUACUUCUCGUUCUUUUCUUUUCUUCUCUUUUCUCUUCUUUUUCUUUCUUCCUUUUUUUUUUGGCUGUUGUUUUUGCUUUGUUUUAGGAACACUUUGUUCUCCUCUGACAAUUUAUAACUAUUGAUAACUGUAUUGUCAUUGUGGUCAGGAGACGGUCAUAGAGGCCGCUGUACCCAGUGCUCCCAACUCUGUGGCUCAGACUUCUUUUCUAAAGUAGAGCCUUUUCUGGAUAGCAGUCCUAUUGGAAGGCGUCAGAAACAUCUUACGAUGCUGCCUGUGACAUUUCCUGGAGCUUUCUGGUAUUGAGCAGUUCCUGACACCUGUUCCUGCUGUGUGAAUAGAGAGACUUCUCAGAACCUAGUCCAUCCUGGUAGUGAAGUGAUUUGGGAGGCCUGCGUUUGUCAGGUUGGCCUUCUCUAGCGAAGCUACCAGGACCCUUCUGCGUUUGUGUACAUACAGCAGAUCUGAUGGUCUCUGGUGAGAGAGGCCCUUUCCUGCUGGUUCUGGAUCCCCGUUUUCUCUGCAGUUCCUUAUUUCCUUGCCUUUGUCCACACCUUAUGGAGUCUGUAUUAUGGCCAGGCUUGAUUUGAAAAUGGUGCUGUAGUCAGGUCUGUAAAGUCCUUUACCACGUCUCACCUCUGCUAGGAUGCCAUCAGCAAUCUCUGCUGCUGUGGGCUGGUCCAGCAGAGCCUGCUGCCCCCCAUGGGGGUCAUACCCAGUGGAAACUCAGGCUCACUGACUUGCGUAUUAAUAACUAGAGAAUUGGUAAGAAAAGUGUGUGUUGUAGACUUGAAUGUCUACAUAAAUAUUCCCCCCAAAGCUUUAUUUUCUUGGGUCAGAGGUCAAAAUUUAUGAAAAUAGGAUGUGUAAAUAAAUGGAUUAAAUAAAAUAUUAUAAUUCACAAGGUGGCAAACUUUAACCAAAUUGGCAAUUUGUUCAUAAUUAACUGUGAAUUUGCUUGUACUUAGUGGACAUUUAUCUUUUCAUUGGGUAUCUUUUUGAGUAAAAACAAUAAACAGUAUAUGUGUUCAAGUGGA